CGGACUUGCCGGCGGCGGGAAGGGCCUGCGGGCCGGCCGCGCCUCAGCUGGAUUGGAACUGAAAGCUUAGGCCGGGAAGGGCUGCGAAUUGAGGGGGAGCGGGAAGGGGCGGGGAGGUGGUGACCGGAACAUGGCGGACCAGAUCCCUCUGUACCCGGUUCGCAGCGCGGCCGCGGCGGCCGUGGCCAACCGCAAACGCGCGGCCUACUACAGCGCCGUGGGGCCCGGGCCGGGGGCCGAGCGGCCCAGCAGGUACCAGCUGGAAGAUGAGUCUGCCCAUUUGGAUGAAAUGCCACUAAUGAUGUCUGAAGAAGGCUUUGAGAAUGAUGAGAGUGAUUACCACACUUUGCCACGCGCCAGGGUCAUGCGGAGAAGACGAGGGCUGGGGUGGUUCAUCUGUGGAGGGUGGAAGUUCCUCUGCACCAGUUGCUGCGAUUGGCUGAUAAAUGUUUGUCAGAGAAAGAGAGAGCUGAGAGCUCGCACUGUGUGGCUCGGACAUCCUGAGAAGUGUGAAGAAAAACAUCCCAGAAAUUCCAUCAAAAAUCAAAAAUACAAUGUCUUUACCUUUCUACCUGGGGUUUUGUAUGAACAAUUCAAGUUUUUCUUGAAUCUCUAUUUUCUGGUAGUCUCCUGCUCCCAGUUUGUACCAGCAUUGAAAAUAGGCUAUCUCUACACCUACUGGGCUCCUCUGGGAUUUGUCUUGGCUGUUACUAUCAUGAGGGAAGCAAUGGAUGAAUUUCGGCGUUUUCAACGAGACAAGGAAGUGAAUUCACAACUAUACAGCAAGCUCACAGUAAGAGGUAAAGUGCAAGUUCAGAGUUCAGACAUACAAGUUGGAGACCUCAUCAUAGUGGAAAAGAAUCAAAGAAUUCCAUCGGACAUGGUAUUUCUUAGAACUUCAGAAAAAGCAGGUUCAUGUUUUAUUCGAACGGAUCAACUAGAUGGCGAAACUGACUGGAAGCUGAGAGUGGCCGUAAGCUGCACACAGAGGCUGCCAGCCCUGGGGUCACAGACCCACAGUGUUGAGCUGCUGUACUCUCCCUUCAGCUGGUGUAGCAUCUCUGCUCCCAGGUCUUCUGGAGGGUGUGUGAAGAUCUUUCCUAGAGAGUGUGACCUGUUUUCCAUCAGUGCUUAUGUCCAUGCUCAGAAGCCACAGCUGGAUAUUCACAGCUUUGAAGGCACAUUUACCAGGGAAGACAGUGAUCCACCCAUUCAUGAGAGUCUCAGCAUAGAAAAUACAUUGUGGGCAAGCACAGUUGUCGCAUCAGGUACUGUAAUAGGUGUUGUCAUUUAUACUGGAAAAGAGACUCGAAGUGUAAUGAACACAUCCAAUCCAAAAAAUAAGGUUGGUUUGUUGGACCUUGAGCUCAAUCAGCUGACCAAAGCGCUGUUUUUGGCAUUGGUUGCUCUCUCGGUUGUUAUGGUAACCUUACAAGGCUUUGUAGGCCCAUGGUACCGCAAUCUUUUUCGGUUCCUCCUCCUCUUUUCCUACAUCAUUCCCAUCAGUUUGCGUGUGAACUUGGACAUGGGCAAAGCAGCAUAUGGGUGGAUGAUGAUGAGGGAUGAGAACAUUCCUGGCACAGUUGUCCGGACCAGCACCAUCCCAGAGGAGCUGGGCCGCCUUGUGUAUCUGCUGACGGAUAAGACAGGAACCCUCACUCAGAAUGAAAUGGUAUUUAAGCGGCUGCAUCUGGGCACUGUGUCCUACGGGACAGACACGAUGGAUGAGAUCCAGAGCCAUGUCAGGAGCUCCUACACACAGCUGCACUCUCAAGCUAGUGGAAACAAUACCAGUUCAACUCCACCAAGAAAAGCCCAGUCUUCAGGUCCCAAAGUUAGAAAGAGUGUGAGCAGCCGAGUUCACGAAGCAGUGACGGCUAUUGCGCUUUGCCACAACGUGACUCCGGUUUACGAGUCUCGAGCCGGCGUGACUGGGGAGACUGAGUACGCAGAGGUGGACCAAGACUUCAGCGAUGAGAACCGCACCUACCAGGCCUCCAGCCCAGAUGAGGUGGCUCUGGUGCAGUGGACAGAGAGCAUCGGCCUCACCCUGGUCAACAGAGACCUCACGUCCAUGCAAUUGAGGACGCCCGGCGGCCAGAUCCUGACCUACUGCGUCCUACAGAUGUUCCCCUUCACGUCGGAGGGCAAGCGCAUGGGCAUCAUUGUCAGGGAUGAGUCCACGGCAGAAAUCACCUUCUACAUGAAAGGUGCUGAUGCUGUCAUGUCCACCAUCGUCCAGUAUAAUGACUGGCUGGAGGAGGAGUGCGGAAACAUGGCCCGCGAAGGUCUGCGCACCCUCGUGGUCGCGAAGAGGGCGCUCACAGAGGAGCAGUACCAGGACUUUGAGAGCCGCUACAUGCAGGCAAAGCUGAGUGUGCAUGACCGGGCGCUGAAGGUGGCUGCGGUGGUGGAGAGCCUGGAGCGGGAGAUGCAGCUGCUGUGUCUGACGGGGGUGGAGGACCGGCUGCAGGCUGACGUGCGGCCGACCCUGGAGAUGCUGCGCAACGCGGGAAUCAAGAUAUGGAUGCUAACGGGCGAUAAACUUGAGACGGCCACGUGCAUCGCCAAGAGCUCACACUUGGUGUCGAGAGCACAAGACAUUCACGUCUUCAGACCCGUAGCCAGUCGAGGAGAGGCCCAUUUGGAGCUGAAUGCCUUUCGAAGGAAGCAUGACUGUGCGCUGGUCAUAUCUGGGGACUCCCUGGAGGUGUGCCUGCGGUACUACGAGCACGAACUUGUGGAGCUGGCCUGCCAGUGCCCAGCUGUGGUGUGCUGCCGCUGCUCGCCCACCCAGAAGGCUCACAUCGUGAAACUCCUGCAGCAGCACACGCGCAAGCGCACCUGCGCCAUUGGUGAUGGUGGAAACGACGUGAGCAUGAUCCAGGCCGCAGACUGUGGGAUUGGGAUUGAGGGGAAGGAGGGGAAGGCAGCCUCGUUGGCAGCUGACUUCUCCAUCACGCAAUUCAAGCACAUCGGCCGGCUGCUCAUGGUGCACGGGCGGAGCAGCUACAAGAGGUCUGCGGCACUCGGCCAGUUCGUCAUGCACAGGGGCCUCAUCAUCUCCACCAUGCAGGCUGUGUUCUCCUCCGUCUGCUACUUCGCCUCUGUCCCCCUGUACCAGGGGUUCCUCAUGGUGGGGUACGCGACCAUCUACACCAUGUUUCCAGUGUUCUCACUGGUGCUGGACCAGGACGUGAAACCGGACAUGGCCAUGCUGUACCCAGAGCUCUACAAGGACCUCACCAAGGGCCGGUCCUUGUCCUUUAAAACAUUCCUCGUCUGGGUGUUAAUCAGCAUUUACCAAGGCGGCAUUCUCAUGUACGGGGCGCUGGUGCUCUUUGAGUCGGAGUUUGUCCACGUCGUGGCCAUCUCGUUCACGGCCCUCAUCCUCACCGAGCUGCUGAUGGUGGCGCUGACGGUCCGCACGUGGCACUGGCUGAUGGUCGUGGCCGAGUUCCUCAGCCUCGGCUGCUACGUGGCCUCUCUGGCUUUUCUAAAUGAGUAUUUUGACCUCGCCUUCAUCACCACCAUGACCUUCCUGUGGAAGGUGUCGGCCAUCACCGUGGUCAGCUGCCUCCCGCUCUACGUCCUCAAGUAUUUGAAGCGCAAGCUCUCCCCGCCCAGCUACUCCAAGCUGACCUCCUAGCACAGCGCCUGUGGCACCACGGGCUCCGGGUGCAGGUGCGGUGGCUCCUGGGACAGGACAGCACGGAGCCCAAGGAGCUCUGCCCUCGCGGGGGCGGCUGCAGGAGGCGCCUCCCAUGCCAGGCGGCACCCCGUCCCUUCCUUUUCAUAUCGGACUGGCUUCCGCUUCCGUGGCACAUGAGCUCUAAUUAUUUCACUGUUACUGUAAAGCAUUCAUCUUACUCUGGUUUCUGAGAAUUAAAACGAAAGCUUAUUUAAUA